GUGGUAUCGCGAGCAGACGAGGCACCUGUACGUUGUCUUCUUGAGCGUGGGCUCUGGCCUAUGCCGCAGGGUAUUGUACUGCUUCCAAGAGCUGAUCAUGUCUGUUGGCCUGGUCAAGGAGCUGAAGGGGGAGUUUGAGAGGUACACCGCAGUUGGAUGGCCCGUAGUAGCAUUGAAGACUACCUCAGAUGAGCUCGACUUUGGGAUCUCAGGCGUGCUGAACGAACCCUUCGUGGACAUCAAUGGAGGUGAGUUGGCCGCCUUGCUGCACUUGCUCAAAUACGCGGUACCUCCAGUGACUGCCGUCACCGACAGCUCGUUCGUGAUCAAGGGGCUCACGGAGCACUGGCCAGCCAGGACCACUGCCUACGGGUUUGCUUGGGCCGACCCGUGGAAGCAAGUUUGGCACCUGGUGGAGGAGUUUGGAGGUCUUGGUCCCGACGGGUUCACGGUGGUCAAGAUUGCGUCACAUGUGCCCAAGAAGAACCUGCAGGAGUGCGACAUCAGCUACAGGGACUGGCUUGGCAACAAGUUCGCGGACACAGCAGUGAAGAGCGCAGCGGCAUCCUGCCGAAUCCGUGGAGUUGACCGCGUUCGCUUGCGGGACGUUCAUCAACUCGUCGAGGGAGUUGCGAUGUGGGUUGCUGCAGUUGGUGCCAACACUGGCGGGGUGGAGACGACGCAUCGGAAGUCGAAGCCUAACAAGCCAGCGCCGAUGUCGGCAUGCAAGGCAGUUUCAGAAGUUCUUCGGUGCGACCUGCGUGGAGAGCCAGGCGAACGUUGGUGCGCAAGAUGCAGGUGGCCUGAGAGGAACUCGGAGUGUUCUGGUGACAUAGUCUUGGCAACGAAGGCCCUCAACCUCAAGAUGUGUAAGCCGCACAUGCUGGUGAAGCUGGCGCCUGUUCGUGAUGCGGAGCUCGCGAAAG